AUGUUUGGUGUUAUUAAAUAUUAUAUUUUUACGUACAUAUCAGUACUCGUGUUACACGUAGAAAAAUGUAUAUCAGAACCACAGACCGCGUAUCUAGCGUUAUACAGUCCCGGCGAUACAGAUUACACGGAUGUACUGGUGCGUAGGGAACAUGAUAAUUUGACGUUGGUCUGUGAAAUGAGAGGAGACAUCACGCCCAGGGUGUUCGUGUGGAACUACGUAGGAGAUGGAAACAAUACUAGUUCUGGCAGGUCAUUCACCCCGGAGUCAACAGCUGCUGUCGGCAGUCGUAUAGAGAAGUUUGACCUUCAGCUAUCAGACAGCGGUCACUACAUAUGCUCGGCGCCGCCGUUCAGCGUGACCAAGUACAUUCUGGUGCAGCGACGCAGCCCGCAGUGCGCGCGGGGCGCGUUCUGGUGCGGACAUAGGUGCGUGCUGCCCACAUACGUGUGUGACGGCUGGCCGGACUGCGAGAGGGGGGAGGACGAAGCGCCGCCUAUGUGCGCUGAGAACCCGUGCGCUGCUCCAGAUAAGCUGAACUGCUCCCUCGGCCGCUGUAUCUCGGAGGCUGCGUGUUGUUCGUGGAGAGGAGGGGAGAGGGCGCUGUGUAGGCAGCCGUCCUGCUGCGACGAACAUCCCAAGUACUCACAGGAUGGUCUUAUAGAAGUUGAGUACCCUCCAUUGUAUGAAGAUAGACACGCGCCUGAUGAUUAUGGAUUCAUACAGUCCACAAUAUAUACAGUUACUGCCUGUGCGCUAAUCUUCAUGAUAGCUGUUGUGCUGCUUGUCUCCGCGCUGUGUAAGAUGCACAUGAAGAGGGCUGCGCUGAGGGGCUACGAACACGCGCACAGAGACGCGCGCGGAUAUACUGCUCGUUUCCCUCCCCGCUAUGAAGCCGCUCGUCUUAUGGAGUCUAGCGUCGCCGCUAGUCCCGUCCGUAGUCUACAUCUGGGUUCACCCACAGCUGGUCCCAGUAGCCCUCCAGGUCCGGCACCUUCCAGGGCGUUAGCUGCAUUAUCUGCUGCACUGUGUUCACGAUAUAGACAGGUGCCGACUCAGUGCUGCGAAGUUGAGAUGAGAGAUAUUACGAUGCCUCAAACAUCGGUCGCGUCUACUCCACAAGAGCGACCUUUGACCCUUCAACUAGGAAGAUUUAGCUUCAACAUACCAAGGUUUCGCAACGAAAGGCCAGACACUCCGGACAUAACAGAAAUAAAUAUAGAAGACCUAGAAUUCAUUAGGAUGCCAUCGAAUGAAACUUACACCCUCAAUGGCAGAACUAUCAGGCUAUUUGGUGGAAAUUUCCAAAACUACCCUCUAAUUAAUCGACCUCCGCCCUACAAUGAGGCGAUGAGACAUAAAUUCGGCCCGCCACCCGAAUAUUUAAGCCACGAAGUUUUAAACAACGAUAGUGAUGAAGAUAACAGUAAUAUAGAAAUGCCGCCGUGCUACGAAGAUCUGGCGAGCGGGCUCGGCACUAAUUAUCAGCCCGCCAAUGAAAAUGAUAGCCAUCUAUUCGACACGACAAGCCUAGUUAAUCAAGAAACAAAUUCACAUGAAACAUGCUUAAAUGAAUUACCAGUUAAUAUAAAUAAUAAUAGAGACGAUACAGCUUCUUACAUAUCAGUUAUAAACUCAAAUGUUAUAGAAAAUAACAAUAAUUUACCUGUCAUAGACAAUAUUGUCGAUAAUGUAGAAUCUAUAAGUACAGUCAUAGACAAUUUACCAGCCAUAGACGAUGUAAACGCAAACGAUUCUAUAUAUGGCGAGUGUUAA